UUUAGCUUGUCAGCAGUUCAAUGCUUCUGCUUUGUGAAUUGCUGAAAGAGGAACAGCAUAUUUAUCAUCCUGGAUGUAUUCCUGAUUAAGUCAUCGACGAAAGUCGUUUCCAUACAUGGCUUCAUUUUCACAGUUAUAUGAAUAACACUUAUCUAUAAGAUAUCAAAAUGACGUAUGAGCACGAAGCCUAUUGUUCUGGAUUCAGUUUCGAAGGGUUUAACACUGUACUGAGAACAACUGAUAGUCCCUCUCGGCGAUGUGCCAAAGCCUUUCCCUGUGACUGUCUGCGCUAGUGGAAAUGUUCAUUUGAUUAUAAGAUCGAGCCUGAGGCUGCACCGUUGUGGCUUGGUGAGAAUAGUUGUCUGUUGGUUGGAUCGAGUGCAGCGGGACCAGUUCUAGCUAGCCGCCAUCGCCUGUAAAGUGACUCCCGGUCCGGGCAAGGACAAUAUCAGCUUGGUACCUCGAACAAUCUUGGACAGAUUUUGGACAUUUUCUAAAUUAAUUUUGCUGGAAAGAUGUGGUGGACUGUUGCCUUCCUCAGCCUUUCUGUGUGGCUCCUGUCCGGAAUGACUGUUGGAAAUGCAGACAAUCCACAUGGAUGUCAGGUAUGGAGUCCAACGGAGGUCAAAUGCGCGCAUACCGAUCUCAACGAGGUCCCGCUAGACCUGCCUGCGACCAUUCUGCGUUUGGAUCUGCAGGACAGCCGAUUAAAAGAACUGCGUAGACAUUCUUUCGAUGCUCUGAAGCGCCUGCAGUACUUAGAUUUGAGUUGGACCCGUUUCGAGUAUGUAGAAAACGGAACAUUUGACUCGCUGACAAACUUGCGGACGCUGAACUUAUCCAGAAAUGGUCUAGGAGACGCUCAAUGGUUCAACAUCACAUCAUCUCUCCCAUCUUUACAAACUCUGGUCCUCUCGGACAACCGUUUGCAGCAACUCAACAGAUGGACGUUCGGAGACCUACACAACCUGACUUUCUUGGACACCAGCUCAAAUGCCAUCAUUGUCGGAGAGUGUGCGUUUUGUGGACAGCAAAGACUGCAGAGGCUGGACAUGACCGAUAAUGAGAUAAGUACCCUCCCCAGCCGACUUUUCCAUCCACAGUCAGAAUUAGUGUUACUGGACCUGUCGAACAACAGGCUUCGUGAUGACGUGUUAGCAAAGGAGGAGCUCUGGUCAGGACUAGCGAGACUGCGAACACUGGACGUAAGCCUAAACUACUUCUCCAUUCCAAAAUUCGCACAGUCCUUUAAAAACCUGACAUCCCUUAAUACCAUUUACAUGAGCAGCAACGAAAUACAGCAGUUCCUGUUCCAAAAUAUAGUUCCUCUAUUGAACGCACCGAUCCAUGACUUCAUUUUGAGAUACAAUCCGAUUUCCAUAUUUGAAGAAGGAAUUCUGUUACAGCUCCGGCAUUUGAGAACAUUAGAUCUUGGCAAAACGACCAUUCCUUCUUCACAAUUGCAAAAGAUACUACCAGAGUUGCAAAAUACAAAGAUACAAAAGCUGCGAUUUGAAACAGGUCCAGGCAACUUUGCCAUAGAUAAUACAACUUUCGGACGACUGCCUGGUUUGCAGAAACUACGUGUCCACAGCUCAGAUGUGAGGGUCUUAAAGGCAAACCUCUUGAUACACUCAAAAAACCUCACUGAGUUGGUCUUGGGAUCGAAUAAUAUCAGCACCAUUGACGAGUAUGCAUUUGCCGGACUCGAGAGCUUAGAUAUUCUUUACUUGCGCAGUAACAAUAUCCAAACUUUGCCAGACAACGUGUUCAAUCCCCUACAAGCCCUUACAUAUCUAGAUCUGAGCUCAAAUAAUUUGAACACCAUUUCGCCUAGACUGUUCAAAGGGCUACUGCAUCUUCAUCGGCUAUCUCUCUCUAGUAAUGGCAUCGUACAAAUUGACAAAGCAACUUUCGUAGGGUUAAAUUCUCUGAUCCGUCUCGAUCUAUCCUUCAAUCUCUUUACCACAGCUAGAAAUGUUGUAGCACCGAGCGUCAAGUCCAUUGAUUUGUCGAGAAAUGCACUCACAGUUCUACAAAGAAACGACUUCCAAGGUCUAACGAACCUAGUCUCUUUGUCCGUAGUCGGUAAUAGUAUGAAGACAAUCGAACCUCGGACGUUUCAAGCUCUAGGAAAAUUAGAAGAAUUGGAUCUGAGCUUGAAUGGAAUAGCCACAGUCACAAGUAGGAUGUUUGAAGGCCUUGAAAAUGUGACAAACUUAGAUCUUAGUUUGAACGAUGUCACAGAGAUUGAACCGUAUGGUUUCUAUGGUUUGCGACGGUUGAGAGAGCUUGUUAUCAGAAGCACACUGAGGACAAUACAGUCGGUACAAGCGACGUUAAGAAUAUGCGGCCGCCAGCCGCCCCUGCUGCUCGCCGUGUGCGUUCCCCAGCGGAUGUUCUCGCUGUCGGCCGCGGGCUUCAGGAGCAGCGGGACCAGCAAGGACGGUUCAUCAGGGGACGGGGGACGGGAACCAACCAACGGCAACAACAAGGGCAGCGGCGGGGGGGACAAGAACGGGGGAGACAAGAAGGGACAACUGUGCUGCCCCAAGUGUGGAGAUCCAUGCACACACGUGGAGACUUUCGUCUCCUCUACCCGGUUUGUGAAGUGUGAAAAGUGCCACCAUUUCUUCGUGGUUCUGUCUGAGAUGGACUCCAAGAAAAGCCUGAAGGAACAAACUGCCGAGAGACAAGGCAAGACAAAGAAACCACCACCUGCACCGAAAAAGGUGUGGCCAUGGAGUUGA